AUGAGUUAUGAAGCCAAGACGUCUCAAGCCAACGUAGUUGUCAUACCUUUCAAGGUUAGAAAGGACGAAAUGGCGUUCAGGAUCGCUGUCGAAACGGAGGAGGAACUCAAGAGGUUGCUGGACCUUACGGUGGAACUCGAAGACGAGGAUGGCAUGCCAUACGAGGACAAGAUGUUUAUUCGCAUGGACAACAAAAGACGAGAAUCCGAGAUGGAACGCGCCGUGGAGGUUUACAGUCUUGACCCUCGCACGUCAGACUUCCGAAUCAAGUCCGCCAUGUCCCGCUAUGGUGAAAUCGAAAAUGUCGCCACUCGACCAUGCAGCAAAGGAAUCAAAAUCACGGCACAUGUAGUCUUCAGCAAUGUGGAGGACGUGUCGUGA